GCUCCUCCUCCCCGGCCUCCUCCGCCCUGCGCCGGCGGCUUCCCAGGCUCCUCUCCGGGUAAACAGCGAUGGCCGCCGAGGAAGGAGGCGGCGAGCCCCGUAACAACAUGGGGAACCACCUACAGCUGGUGCCCGCAGAGAGCGAGGAAGAGGAUGACAAUGAAAUGGAAGUUGAAGAUGAAGGUAGUAAAGAAGCUGAAAAGCCAAACAUCAUUAAUUUUGAUACCAGUUUGCCAACAUCACAUGUGUAUUUAGGUUCUGAUAUGGAAGAGUUUCAUGGAAGGACGGUGCACGAUGAUGACAGCUGUCAGGUGAUUCCCGUGUUGCCCCACGUGAUGGUGAUGUUGAUUCCUGGACAGACGUUACCUCUCCAGCUUUUUAGCCCUCAGGAGGUUAGCAUGGUGCGGAAUUUAAUUCAGAAAGACAGAACGUUUGCUGUUCUUGCAUACAGUAACGUUCGUGAAAGGGAAGCUCAUUUUGGAACAACAGCAGAAAUAUACGCCUACAGAGAAGAGCAGGAAUAUGGAAUUGAAACGGUCAAAGUGAAAGCAAUAGGAAGACAGAGGUUCAAGGUGCUUGAAAUAAGAACCCAGUCAGAUGGAAUCCAGCAAGCUAAAGUACAAAUCCUUCCUGAGCGAGUGCUGCCUUCAACAAUGUCAGCAGUACAGCUGCAGUCUCUCAGCCGAUGUCAUAUAUUUCCUUCUUCAAGACCUAGAGCGUGGCAGGACCGAGCUAUACAUCAAUGGUGGCAGAAAUAUCAAAAGAGGAAGUUCCACUGUGCGAGUCUGACAUCUUGGCCUCCCUGGCUCUACUCUCUAUACGACGCUGAAACCUUGAUGGAAAGAGUCAAGAGGCAGCUACAUGAAUGGGAUGAAAAUCUUAAAGAUGAAUCUCUUCCAACAAACCCAAUAGAUUUUUCUUACAGAGUCGCUGCUUGCCUGCCCAUUGAUGAUGCAUUACGUAUACAAUUGCUUGAAAUAGGUAGUGCUGUUCAGCGACUCCGCUGUGAGUUAGAUAUUAUGAACAAAUGUACAUCUCUCUGUUGUAAGCAAUGCCAAGAUACAGAAAUAACUACCAAGAAUGAAAUAUUCAGUUUAUCCUUAUGUGGACCCAUGGCAGCGUAUGUGAACCCUCACGGUUACAUCCAUGAAACCCUUACUGUAUAUAAAGCUUGCAACUUGAAUCUCAGUGGACGGCCAUCGACAGAGCACAGCUGGUUUCCUGGGUACGCCUGGACUAUAGCCCAGUGCAGAAUCUGUGCGAACCAUAUGGGAUGGAAAUUCACAGCAACCAAAAAGGAUAUGUCACCUCAGAAAUUCUGGGGAUUGACACGCUCUGCUCUCCUGCCUCGGAUUCCAGAAACAGAGGAAGACUCAGGCCACGAUAGAUCACCGUUACUCUGCCUGUAGCCUGGUAACCUGCUCUGGAGAUGAACAGGCGGUAGUCUGUCUCUUAAAUGCAUCUGCUCAGUUCUGCUUCUGAUGCUUACUUAAACUUAAAAACCACCCAAGAACCCACACCCACGCCAAAACCCAACCAACCAAGCAAGCAGGCUCACUGCGUUUGGGUUUGGUGUGUUUCCACAUUACUGUUGUUUCAGACACGCUGAGAACUGAAGGUUGGAUCCUUAAAAUGACAGCUGGGGAGAGGAGGUGGCGUAAGACGCGAAGAAAUUGGUCUGAUUUGUCUGGACAGGCUUGAGACUGAACUUUCUCCUUCCUUGUAAAAUUUCAGAUGAUGUUCACUGCUAUCAACUUGCAGUGAAAGAAGGUGAGGGGAAACUGAAAUUACAGAUCAGCAGAGUAUAAUUUAUGCAAUAUAUGUAUGAUGGUAGGUACCAGUUGCUGUGGAGUAUUUUCCAUAAUAUCCUUAAAAGUGUUUUUGCUGAGAAUCCCUGUUUCUUAACGAUGUGGAAUACUUCAAAUUUUAUGCUCGUGCUGUUUCUCAGAUAUUUGCUGAAUAACCAUCAAAGAGUACAAGCCCGAAGUGUCUCUUCGGACUGGUUCUGGGUUGGUCACGUCAGUGGCAGUGCUGUAACUGGCAGAGGCAGGAGCUGCCCGCUGCCUGCAGCGAGAAGAGCUGCGCUGCAAGAUGCCCUUUGAAAGCCACCCAUGCGAAGUAUUCGGUCCUGAUAAGUUGUCUGAUAUAUUUAGGAUCUUUGACUUUAGAAGUCUUUAAAUUUUAAACUAUUUAUACAAAAAUAUAUGUGAAAUACACUGUCCUUUACUGUCAGAUGUGCUUAUAUUUACUUUUCAAAAUCAAUUCUGUGAAGAUUAGUUUACCAGCAUACGUGUCCGGGGUUCUGUGAAGUACUGUCUAAGAUCCCUAACUAUGGAGGUUUUUCAGUAGUAGUUAUUUUGACAUGGGGGAGGCAACAUAUCUUUAAUUUUUUUUCUUUUACACUUUCAUAUCAUAAAGUAAAAUUUCACUACAGAGAGCAAAAGUUUCUAAACACAACCGAAGUGCUGUCUGUGCUACAGAAAUCAGGUGCCAAAAUGGGGCAGCCUUUGCCACUGAUUUACUGGGGGUUUUUUUCCCCCCUCAGAAUGCACUUUGCGGGUGGAAACCGAAGGUUUGGAUGUGUACAUACACACUUUUUUCUUCUGAAGCUUUAUCAUUCACUCUUUAUUUCUUCAUAGCAGAUCUUUGAGAACUCGCAUUGUUAAAUGUGACGACACAAAACUACUUAAGAUUUAAGACGUCAGCCACUACUUGCCCGCUCUCAGUCACGCCCCUACAUCAAACCUCUGUAGCGUGGACAGGUUGCUUCGGUGAAGGGCUGCGUCGCCUCUCUGCAAGACAAGCAGCUGAUUUCAGUGGGAGGGUGGUACCUCCUGCAGUGCAGGCACCCCGAUGGGAGAGGAUGCUAGAUGCUGAGAGGCUGUCAGGAUAGGUGAUCAUGCUAGGUAUGUAGAAACUAAUGAUUGUGUAACUCAGGUUUAGUUCCUUGAAGCCUUCUACCUCUGUGCUUCUGUGAUAACGUUUGUUCUCUCCAUUGGCAUCUUUAAUACCGUAUUUAAUUUUGUGUGCAGUGCUCUGACUUGCCAGCGGACUGUGAAAAGCAAUACUUCUUUGAAUAUAACUCUGAACAAAUAGAGGGUGAAUGAUGGCUCAUCUUCUUCAGGAAAGCAUUCUGUAUUUUGAUUACGUUUCUGUAAAAAGCUUUCAGAAGGCUGAAAUGAUAAGCACUAGCGUGAGGGCGAGACUGUGAAACCUCUGUACUUGGAUAACCACUGAAAUCACGCUCGGCUUCCCCUCACGCCACGCACAUGCGCACACGCAGGCGUACACACAGCAUGCACGCGCGUGCACGCAGGCACGCGGCUUAGCUGCAGGCUUGGUUUAUUUUUUCCCUCCAAGAUGCCUAGUAUCUCUUGUUCCCAUCACCUUCAGUGGGCCUUGUUGGUGGCAAGAAGUGGAGGGUGCUUUAAAGCACCUUCUGCUGCCAUUCAGUUUAAGUAUUCGCUGAGGGUAUGGUGAGGGAGGUUUUCAAAAUGAUUUUCUUGGCUAUCGCUGAACUGAAGUUCUUUGGGUUUUUGGCCGAGUCUUUUGGAUUGCCGCGACUGAAAACGGCAUUUCGUUGGCAAUGUUUGAAUACAAAACAGGCAUAUUUUUGGUAUUGUGUAUAUAUAGUCAAAUGUAAACUAAUAUAAUCAAGUGCGAAAAGUCAGGAAUAAAUUUAGCGCUAAUUUAAUUUUAUUGUCGAUGAUGCCGUUCCAUCUGCCUAACCCCCUGUGUAACGUUCGCCAUGUCAAAGUUUGUGACGCUUUCCGGGUUGAAAAAAGCGUGGUUCAGGUUGGCCCGAAGACGACGAAUCCUGCCGCGGUGGAGCUGGCCCUUACGGCGCUACGCGUGUGAGAAUGCUCGAAACGUACAGCACGUGACUUAUGGGGUGGACGUGGGGUCGGGGAUGGUCCUGUACCUUGGUUAAUGUUUUCUAAGCUUCUUCCCUCCUUUUUGGAGAGAAAACUACUAGGUGGGGACGGUGGAAAAUUAUUACGGACAAAUAAGGUCAUCGUCCUUUUGAGAGCUAAGUGUAAAGGAAAUCCCGUUUUAUGAUCAUUUCCCGUAUUUACUACAUCCGUUGGUUGGCACGUGGCUUCACACGUGAAUUAACACUGUUGACUUGCUGGCUGCUGCCAGAAGGGAUCGUUCUUCUCUCCCACGGUAACCUCUGUCCUUAGGGACAUCUAGGACCCGGGCAGCGGCAGGGUCGGUGCCCUGGCUGCGCAGCCGCGCCAGUCCGGCGGAGGGAGGAGGGACGAACAGGCGGCUCAUGGGGCAGAGGAGGGCCCGCCCUGCGCGGCAGCGGGGCUCGGCUGGGCUGGGGUACGGGUAGCGUAGAACCGCUCGUUCUGAAGCUCUCGUUGCAAUAGCGUAAAGACGUCGUACAAUCGGAGCCUGUAAUAUUGCUACUUUUCGUAUAUUUUAGUUUAGUUUUGAUGAAUGGGUAGAAUCACAUAGGACACUGCACACUUGGCCUAAAAUACGUAGAAAUACUCUACCGUUUGUUUUUUAAUAAUGCUAUUUUUGUAUGUGCUGCAAUUCAUUUUCUUCUCACUGUUUUUUCACCUUUGUUAAAUUGCUUUGUAAAAGCCGCGGAAAGGGUAGCACGGUCUCCGCUUUAACUCUUCCUCUGUCUGUCUUUUGAGACAACUUUUCAGAAAAACCUCGUUGCUUGCAAACAUUUGCAAAGAAUAAAAUCCAGUUUGUUUCAAAA